UUGCAAUAUGGCCAAUGAGGCUUGGAGCUAUUCGAGUGUCAUUUAUUUUGGGGCAGAAACUGGGGUAGGAAUAUUUAUCUAACGCGGUGUUUCAUUGGAUAUAUUGAUUGCAUCUUCUACCUCGUUUGAGGCUAAUAGGUCGGGGAGUUAAGAGUGCGAUACGAUGGAGGAGAGUUUUUUUGAGGAGGAGGAGAAGGAGGAGGAGGAAGCUAAGGUCGCAUUCCCAGUGUUAUGAAAUGGAUAUAAAUUCAGCUCAUGCUCAUCCUUCGAAAUUCAUUUCUGCAGUUUCUUGUAUUCAAGAAGCAGCAACCCAAAAAAAAAAAAAAAAAAAAAAGAAGGAAAGAAAAGAGAAACACAAGAAUCCGGAGUCAUAUUCUUCUCUUCCUAGGCGCACAAUUGCUAGCUCCUUUCUCGCCCGUUCAUACGUACGUACGGCUUACUCCACGCCCUCCGAUAAACAUGCAUCAUCAAAUAUCACCCGCAAUAUUAUACUGGGGAACCCCUGUCGUUCUCAUCACCAGCGAAAACACAGACGGCACAUCCAACAUCGCACCCAUGUCCUCUGCCUGGUGGCUGGGAGACCGAUGCAUGAUCGGCCUCUCAAGCGGAGCGCACACGAGCAAAAACAUCCUCCGCACCAAGCAAUGCGUCCUCAACCUACCCUCCGAGGACAUGACAGCGCACGUCAACGCCCUCGCACGCACAACGGGUGCCAAUCCGACGAGCGCGUGGAAGGCUAGCGUCGGCUACCGGUACGUCAAGGACAAGUUCGCCCAUGCCAAACUCACGCCACAGCCGUCGGAAUUGGUUGUGCCAUGUCGGAUUCUGGAAUGUCCCGUGCAGAUGGAGGCGGAGUUGGUGAAGGUCAAUGAGAUGAUGGGUGAUCUGCCGGAGAGGAAGGGGUCAAUAUUGGCGAUGGAGCUGAAGAUAUUGCGGGUGUAUGUCGAGGAUGAUUUGCGGCUAGGUGGGUAUGCGAAUAGGAUUGAUUCAGAGAAGUGGCAGCCACUUAUUAUGUGCUUUUCGGAGUUCUAUGGGAUGGGGAAGCACAAGUUGGUUCCAUCUCGGCUGGCGGAGAUUGAUGAGGAAGCGUACCGUUCACCACGGAAAAAUGGAGUGAUGCAAGUCGCUGUAGCUGAUGAGAAGACGUGUAACGAUGAGAGCAAAGACGGAGAGCAUGCGAGCAGCUUGUGUGUGCUUCGGGUUAGCUAGAAUGAGCUUUCCAUAGUUAACCUGUGAGAUGGCGUUAGCUUCUGGCUGUUAGACUUGUUCACGUUCCAACGAUAAAGUGCAUAGAAACAUAGUUCAGGCAUCAAACCUUGCAAGAAAUAAUUACUAUUUCCUAUUAAUCGCAUUUUAUUGUUGCACCAGGGAUAAAUUUACCAGAUCCCUAGCAUAAGCAAAUGAUUCUGAUCAUUUAGCUUUGAACACAUAUUGAUAUUUCCUGCUUACCAUGAGGGUAGCUAGGAUUUCUGCGCUGCCAAAAACAUGCCACCACCGAUGUUUUGUAACAAGGCUUAUUAAAUGAUUCUUGCCUUCCAUCUUUCGCUUUCAAUUUCAUUUUUAUUGUUGAGAUCCGAUAGAAGGCUGAACUUAGGCGCCACGGGAACGCGCAUUUCUACUGUAGCCACGACCAUGGUCUCUAGGCGGCCGAAUGCCUUCGAAGCUUCUGCCGGUAAUGACAGACCCGAUUCGACGCCAUAAUGAGAGACUGGCG